GGCAAGUGAUCUCCAGCUGGGCGCGUCAUGGUUUGGGAGACGAGUGGCCAACGGCAGGACCGGCCCGGCGAACUUAAAUCGCCAAGCAGCUCGUAGCAGCGAGUGGCUACCUCUGAGAGGAAUCUAUGAUCGAUAUCGGUGA